AUGUCAGUGAAUACUGGUGCCGUUGAUCUUCAGUCUGUUUUAAAUGUUCGCCGCCGUACUCUAGCCGGUACUACAGAAUUACCUCAAACUCAUCUUCGCUAUUCGGAUGCAAUCUAUUUAAAACGAAUCGAUGAUAAUCAUAAUAUUUUCAAUAUAAAAUCGCGUAUCGUAUUAUUUGGUGAAUUAAAUGUUUUACGCACAAUAUUUGAACGUUAUACAACGAUAAUUUAUGUUGUUGAAGAAAAUUCAGGUUACCGUAAGAAUUCAUUUACGGGUGGUACAUUUGGGGCAACAGAAGAAGUUGACGAAGACUCGGUAGAAAACGAGAAAGAAGAUGAUCAAAUGUUACCAAUUGUUUCAACAUUAAAAAGAACAAGUAUCGGUAGAGAAUCACCACCAUUAUCUUCAUCACCGGCGUUAUCUUCAUCACCACCGUUAUCUUCGUCGCCUCUAUUACGAAAAUCACAUUCAAUAGUUCGUUCUCAAUCAGUGGAUUAUGUUGAUCGAUUGCAAGGAAAACGUUAUGGAAACAUUGAACUUCCAUCAAUGAAUCUUAUGGAAAUAUUGGAAAUUUUAUUAAAAAAUCACUUUGAAAUAACAAACGUAUCAAGCGAUUAUCUCGAUGAUGUCUUACAUCAAAAUUUCGUAUUUUCGAAAAGUAGCCAAACGUCUUCGAAAGGACCAUUAAACUGGUUUCAUAGAUCAGGUUCCAUGCAAUCAUGA